AUGGCCUCCUCCUGCUCGCUGACCGUCCCCGCGCCCCCCAGCCGUCACCGGGCGUCUAGCUGCACAAACAUAAGGCCCGCGUUAACUCUGGCCACCCUGGGUUCGCGGCCAAAGUCUUCAGCAGUACAAUUAGACGAGCCUGUGCCCUGUACGCCGCCGGCAAACGUCCUGUCGGCCAAGACAUCCGCCGAGCCCCCUGUGUCGUCCCGGUUAUCUGCGCUCGCCGACAAGUUCGUCAGCAUGUACUCCGCCAGCCACCCCGUGCCCCCGCCCCUGCUCCCUCCCACGCCCUCAGACUCGGCCCGCUCCUCAGUGGACGACCACUCCUAUGUGUCCUCGCCCUCCACCACCCUCGUCGGCGAAGACGUCUUCUUCGACGAAAAGGCCGUCCAGUCGUCGCGCCUGAGGUCGCGCGCGCGGACAUGGCUCAAGGACUCGCCCUCGGUCCACGCCCCGCUGCUGUUCGUGUUCAUCGUCUUCCCCCUGUCCACCGCCGCCGUCAUCCUCGGCUUCUGGUCCCUGCCCUUUUCCUUUUCCUGGCCGCAGAACAUCACGGACCUCGCCCAGCUCGGGCGCGAGCUCCGGGGGUAUUCCAACUCGGGCUCCGCAGAGUUCGCACACGUCUUCGGCGUGAUGGCCAUCGCCACAAUCUGGAUGCACGCCUGGUCCGUCCCGGGAAGCGUCCUCUGGAACGUCCUCGCCGGCGCAUUAUUCUCGCCCGCGCUGGCAACGGUCGUCUUCGCGCUUCUCACGACGCUCGGCUCCAUCUGCGCGACGCUCCUCUCGACGCCCAUCGCGCCCUUCAUCACCCACUUCUUCCCGAAAGCGCUCAACGCCGCCCGCGGCGCCUUCGAGGGCGACGCGCGCACGCCCGUCUGGAUCCGCGUCACGAUCCUGCGCCUGGUGGGCGUCGUGCCCUGGUCGGGCAUCAACGUCGCGUGCGGCGUGAUCGGCGUCCCGAUCUGGGACUGCUUCGUGGGGACCUUCAUCGGCUCCAUCCCGUGGACAGCCGUGACGUGCCAGAUCGGCGACAUCCUGCAAACGGUCGUGGCGACGCCCUCGCCCAACCCGCAGACGAUCUCGUCCAUCCUGAUGUCGCCGAGCAUCAUCGUCAAGCUCGCGCUGCUCUCCGCGCUCUCGCUCGCGCCCAUCCUCGGCCGCGACUACCUCCGCUCGUGGCUGUCCCCGGACGACGUCAGCGAUGUGGAGGAGCGCGCGUCGAGAUGGGCGUGGGUGGCCGAGUGGCGCUCGAAGGUCCGCAGCAUCUCGCCUUCGCGGUCGCGCGAGCGGGAGCGGAAGAGCAGCGAGGACGAUGUGAGGAUGGAGAAGGAGCUCAGUUUGUCGUAG